CGCGGCGAGCGCUGCCCGCGGCCCCCGCGCGGCCCUCCCCACAAAGGGCCGCGGAGCUGCGUGGCCGCCGCCGCCGGCCGCGGCUCGCCUCCGCGGGCGCGGAAAUUUGUUGCACUUCUUGGGGCUUUGUUUGUUUGUUUUGCCUCUGAUUUUUUUUUUUCGUUAUUUUGGACAAAAUGUCGGUCCGUGAUGUAAAAAUUGAGCGAGGAACCUUGAUGGCAUUGGGAGCUUUGCAGAAGUUUUCCAAGAAAUAACUUCACCAAGAUGUCCAGUGAUAGGCAAAGGUCCGAUGAUGAGAGCCCCAGCACCAGCAGUGGUAGUUCAGAUGCGGACCAGCGAGACCCAGCCGCUCCAGAGCCUGAAGAACAGGAAGAAAGAAAACCUUCUGCCACCCAGCAGAAGAAAAACACCAAACUCUCUAGCAAAACCACUGCUAAGUUAUCCACUAGUGCUAAAAGAAUUCAGAAGGAGCUAGCUGAAAUAACUCUUGAUCCUCCUCCUAACUGCAGUGCUGGGCCUAAAGGAGAUAACAUUUAUGAAUGGAGAUCAACUAUACUUGGUCCACCAGGUUCUGUAUAUGAAGGUGGUGUGUUUUUUCUGGAUAUCACUUUUUCAUCUGAUUAUCCAUUUAAGCCACCAAAGGUUACUUUCCGCACCAGAAUCUAUCACUGCAACAUCAACAGUCAGGGAGUCAUCUGUCUGGACAUCCUUAAAGACAACUGGAGUCCUGCUUUGACUAUUUCAAAGGUUUUGCUGUCGAUUUGUUCUCUUUUGACAGAUUGCAACCCUGCGGAUCCUCUGGUUGGAAGCAUAGCCACUCAGUAUUUGACCAACAGAGCAGAACAUGACAGGAUAGCCAGACAGUGGACCAAGAGAUACGCCACAUAAUUCACAGAAUUUGUAUGCGGUGUGAAGGAGCAGAGGGCCCCUUCCCACUGUGCUGCAAAUCUUUAUAGCCUUUACAAUACGGACUUCUGUGUAUAUGUUAUACUGAUUCUACUCUCUGCUUUUAUCCUUUGGAGACUGGGAGACUCCCCAAAAAGGUAAAUGCUAUCAAGAGUAGAACUUUGUAGCUGUAGAUUAGUUAUGUUUAAAACGCCUACUUGCAAGUCUUGCUUCUUUGGGAUAUCAAAAUGUAUUUUGUGAUGUACUAAGGAUACUGGUCCUGAAGUCUACCAAAUAUUAUAGUGCAUUUUAGCCUAAUUCAUUAUCUGUAUGAAGUUAUAAAAGUAGCCGUAGAUGACUAGGAAUUAUGUCAUUUGUAUUAAACCCAGAUCUAUUUCUGAGUAUGUGGUUCAUGCUGUUGUGAAAAAUGUUUUACCUUUUACCUUUGUCAGUUUGUAAUGAGAGGAUUUCCUUUUACCCUUUGUAGCUCAGAGAGCACCUGAUGUAUCAUCUCAAACACAAUAAACAUGCUCCUGAAGGCAUAGUUUCCUGUCGUAAUAUUUUAAGUCAAUCUUGUUAGAAGGUGUGUCUGAGAUGAUUGUUGAUGAAACAAAAAUGCGGAUAUGAAGAUUGACUACUAAGGACCAGUACAAAUAAAGGAAUUGUUAAAGUGAAAACAUUUGAAA